GGCGGGGACAAUAGUGGGCCUGGCUCGUGCGUUUGGUUGUGUUGGUAAGCCUUGGAUGAGAUUUUACUCUAAGUAGCUGUUUUGGACCGGACUGAAUCUCACCACACCUUAUUUUUUGGACCGCUUCAUUCACAGAUGUUACAUCAUAUUCUACUGGAUAUGCACAUGGAAUAGUUUAGGACCCAACUCGUAUUUUGUUUCUUCGUGGAUGGCAUGGCUUUUGAAGGAACGUGAAUUUUCAUAAGCGUUUGCAAACUCGUGGGAAAUACUAAGCAAAGUUUCCGUUGAAGUGAAGUUUCAUUCCAAAGAUGGAUCAGCAGGCAGCUGGAGGGGAGGACCCAAAUAAACCCUCCAAAAAGAAAUCCAGUGAAGAUGAGAGCAAAAACAAAAAGCUGAACAUACACAUAAAAACAUUGGCUGAUGACAUGCGUGACAGAAUCACCAGUUUUCGAAAGCAAGGCAUGAAGAAGGAGAAGCCUCUUAUCCAGCACCCCACAGACCCUAUCUCCACCCAGACCGAGCUGCCUGUGCCCCAGCCGCUCUUCGACGAGCGCUCCAUGAACCUGUCAGAAAAAGAGAUCGUGGACUUGUUUGAGAAGAUGAUGGAGGACAUGAACCUGAAUGAAGAGCGCAAGGCCCCCCUGCGAGGGAAGGACCUGAGCACUAAACGGGAGAUGGUGGUCCAGUACAUUUCUGCAACAGCCAAAUCUAUAACUGGGAGCAAAGUUGCGGGUGGACUGAGGAACAGCAAGCACGAGUGUACUCUCUCGUCACAGGAGUACGUGCACGAGCUGCGCUCAGGCAUCUCCGAAGACAAACUGCUCAACUGCCUGGAGUCUCUGCGCGUGUCCUUGACCAGCAACCCUGUCAGCUGGGUGAAUAACUUUGGCCAUGAAGGUCUCGGACUGCUUUUGGAUGUGCUGGAGAGGCUUCUUGACAAGAAACAGCAAGAGAACAUUGACAAGAAGAACCAGCAUAAACUCAUUCAGUGCCUCAAGGCCUUCAUGAACAAUAAGUAUGGCCUCCAACGGAUCUUGGGGGAUGAGCGAAGCCUCCUUCUUCUCGCAAGAGCCAUCGAUCCCAAGCAGACUAAUAUGAUGACUGAAAUUGUCAAGAUUCUGUCAGCUGUGUGUAUCAUCGGAGAGGAGAACAUUCUGGAUAAGAUCCUGGCAGCCAUGACCAUUGCUGCAGAGAGGAAUAAUAAGGAGAGGUUUGCUCCGAUAGUGGAGGGGCUGGAGAACCACGAAGCCCAGCAGCUGCAGGUGGCCUGCAUGCAGCUGAUCAAUGCCCUCGUUACAUCGCCAGAUGAUUUAGACUUCAGGAUACACUUACGAAAUGAGUUUCUGCGCUGCGGCCUCAAGAAGACCCUACCAGAGCUGAAGGAGACGGAGGAGCUCGACAUUCAGCUGAAGGUGUUUAAUGAAAAUAAGGAGGAGGAUUCCAUCGAACUGUCUCACAGACUAGAUGACAUCCGCGCAGAGAUGGAUGAUAUGGGUGAGGUGUACCAUCUCCUGUCCAACAUGGUGAAAGACACAGGCUCAGAACCAUACUUCCUCUCCAUCCUUCAGCACCUGCUUCUCAUCAGGAAUGAUUAUUAUAUCAGGCCUCAGUAUUACAAGGUGAUUGAGGAGUGUGUGUCCCAGAUCGUCCUCCACCGCAGUGGGAUGGACCCUGAUUUCGCCUACAGGGAGCGACUGGAUGUGGACUUCAGUCAUCUCAUCGAUCAGUGCGUGGAUAAAGCCAAAGUGGAAGAGAGCGAGCAGAGAGCGGCUGAAUUAUCCAAAAAGUUCGAUGAGGAGUUCAGCGCACGGCAGGAGGCGAAGGCCGAACUGCAGAAGCAGGAGGAGAAAAUCAAGGAGCUAGAGACUCAGAUCAACACCCUUCAGGCCCAGUUGACUAGUGAGAGAGACAAGCUAAGAGAGGCAGAGAAAAGCAUCAGCGAAAGAAACAGCAAGGUUGCGGCAGGACCCAGAGCAGCCAGCGCUGUUCCUCCACCACCACCACCACCAGGGGGAAUUGCACCUCCACCACCUCCUCCGCCUCCUCCACCACCACCAAGUGGAUUAAUUCCACCUCCUCCACCUCCUCCUUGUCCUGCAUCUCUGGGACCUCCACCUCCUCCACCUCCACCCGGCUGCGGACCCCCACCACCUCCUCCACCUCCUGGAGGAGGCCCACCCCCACCUCCGGGUAUGCCUUUGGCUCCUCCUCCACUCGUUGUCCAACUGCCUUAUGGACUGGUGCCCAAGAAGUCCUACAAACCUGAGAGCGUCAUGAAGCGGGUGAACUGGUCCAAGAUAGUGCCUCAGGAGAUGGCGGAAAAUUGCUUUUGGCUCAAAGUCAAAGAGGAGCGGUUUGAGAACCCGGACAUGUUCAGCCAGCUUUCACUGUCCUUCUCUUCUAAAUCCAGAGUGAAAAAGGACGUGGAAGAAACAGAUGACAGGAUGACACAAUUCAAGAAAAAAGCGAAAGAGCUGCGAAUUCUGGAUGCCAAGACAGCCCAGAAUCUGUCAAUUUUCCUGGGAUCAUUCCGGCUGCCUUAUGAAGAGAUCCGGGAUAUCGUGCUGCAGGUGGAUGAGGAGAGGCUAAGUGAAGCGCUAAUCCAGAACCUGAUCAAAAACCUUCCUGAGCAGAAGGAGCUAAGCAAUCUGGCCGAGCUAAAGAACGAAUACGAGGAGCUUUGUGAAUCUGAACAGUUUGGAAUUGUGAUGAGCUCAGUCAAGAUGCUGCGUCCCCGAUUAAACGGGAUCCUAUUCAAGCUGACAUUUGAGGAACAAGUGAACAACAUCCGGCCAGACAUCAUGAACGUGACAUUCGCUUGCGAGGAGGUGAAGAAGAGCGAAGGUUUCAGCAUGCUUCUGGAGCUGGUGCUGCUGGUCGGGAAUUACAUGAACUCUGGCUCCAGAAACGCUCAGACAUUUGGCUUCAAUGUCAGCUUCCUCUGCAAGCUUCGUGACACCAAGUCAGCAGACCAGAAUACAACUCUUCUUCAUUUUUUGGCUGAGAAAUGUGAAGAAAAGUAUCCUGAAUGCCUGAAGUUCCCUGAUGAGCUUGAGCAUGUUGAAAGUGCCAGCAAGGUAUCUGCCCAGAUCUUGAAAGCCAGCCUGGAUACAAUGGAGCGGCAUAUUCAGAGACUGGAGAACGACAUCCAGAACUUCCCCAAGACUGAUGACAAGCAGGAUAAGUUUGUUGAAAAAAUGUCUGGCUUCUCCAAGCAUUCGCGAGAACAGUAUGAGAAGCUCUCCACCAUGCACAAGAACAUGCAGAAGCUCUACGAGAGCCUUGGGAGCUACUUCGCCUUCGACCCCCACACCGUCAGCAUCGAGGACUUCUUCGGAGACCUGGCUAACUUCCGCAACCUCUUCAUGGAUGCUGUGCGAGAGAAUCACAAGAAGAGGGAGAUGGAGGAGAAGAUCAAGAGAGCCAAGCUGGCAAAGGAGAAAGCUGAGCGGGAGAAACUAGAGAGACAGCAGAAGAAGAAACAGCUGAUUGACAUGAACAAAGAAGGUGACGAGACGGGGGUGAUGGACAGCCUGAUGGAGGCCUUGCAGUCUGGAGCAGCCUUCCGUGACCGCAGGAAACGAACCCCACGCAACGGUGAUCAAAGCCCUUCCUGUUCUGCACCUCGGUGGCCGGGUGCUAACCAUGACAACCGUCGCACUGGUUUGGAAAGAUCCCGUUCACGCCACAAUGCAAACCCUAUGGUCCGAUGAUCACUUCCCGGUUAAGGACGUUUGCCAAGUGCCAAAGACCUAAGAGUGGGGACAACGCUGAGGAGGGCUGAAGAGGAAUGAGAGAAAGCCCAUUCGGCAUUCGCAUACAUCCACAUCCACCACACGUGCAUGCAUACAGAACGCAGAGCAAACCUCAAAAAGAUGUGCGUCACAGCUCCAGACGCUUCAUCACAGGAUCACUUGACCCUCUCUUCUCGCUGAAGCCUUAUAUACUACAUGCUCUUUGUGCAUUGGGCCUAUCCAAUUUAGCAGUGUUUGUUUGUUUGUUAUUUUCAUGAUUACGCCGGUUCUGUUUAUAUCUCAGUGCAUCUCACCAAGCUAACUCCCCUGAUCUGGCUCACGUCCACCUCGCUAUCUACAAACAAUCAAUGAUUGGCUGCGGUUUGAUCUCUCGCUAUUGGAUUUUUCGACACACAAACACGCUCUUUUUGACAAAAGGCCAAAAGCACCAUAAAGGACUGCGUGAAUUCUGUAUGCAUAUCAGCAAAGGGACUUUAUUUGCAGUGUUGAUUGAACAAAACCUUGACUUGAAUGAUUCUGCCUGCUCCCUUUAUUUGUUUUGACAGAAAAAAAGAAGAAUUUUCCAGUCUGUAAUUCUCACCAUCAGCCAUUUAAUCUCUCAUCACCGCCUCUCUUUCUAUAUUACAGAUCCUAUAUAUGUAGCGACAUAAAAAGCUGCUGAUAUUAGCUUCAGUGGUACCGUGUGUACACACUUGUGCUGUGUAAGAGCUGCCAGUGCCACAAGGUACCUGAGGUGGUUGAAAGAUAUUGCUCUUUAUCUACGGUAAACACUUCAAAGAUUUGUAGACGUUUCUCUUGCAGAGUCAAAGGUUUUAUUAAGUGAAUCUGCAGAUAUGUGAAGCAAAUGCAAAUCAAAAAGAUGCCAUUCAUUUCAGUUUUCGAACGUGUCACAGGUUUUCUUCGUGAUUUCUUUGUAAGUCACUGUGCUUUUAGCUCUCAGCCCUCUCGUAGAAGAGCAUUUUAGUGAACUGUAGCUUAGUGUUUUUUUUCGAGAUCCACUGGUCAUCUUUAAGAGCUCUCUCUUGCUGACCUGCCGCGUUUACCUCUCCGUCUCAGCACUGAAAACUGUCCAAAACAUUACAAAGAGAAGUGUUUAUCCGAUUUACUUUCAAAGUUUAUCUUUCACAAUUUGCUAAAUAUGUAUUUAUUCACAGUUUGCCAGAUUUCGCCCGAAGCCUUUUAUAUGUGAACAUUAACCCGAUUCUGGAUAUCAGGACGUACACCCGUACGUGACAGUGAGGCGAUGUUCACAACGUGGUUGCUGUCUUGCAAACCAUUAGUGAAAUAUUUCCACAACCUCCCCUCACUCUUGCUUAUGGCAUGAGUAGUCAUUUUCUGUAAUGCCCCCUGCCCCCAUGUCCAUAACACCGCAGGCAAUGGUAUGCAAAACAGUCUUUUGGGUGACUGGAGUCAUACUGACUCACAUACUGGUAACAUUCCACGCUGAAGUAUUCUGCAUUUGUAAAUGACGAGAAACUGUUAGGUUUGAGCACCCAAUGAAAGCGUAUAAACCACUGUUAGUCAGGCUUUCUCCUCACACUGUGUUUGUCAUACACUCUCUCAGGAGAGAGAGGAAAGGUCGGGAUGCAGCGAAUCGCAAUCCAUUGAUUUGCUUUUCUAAUUAAAACUGCCCUUUGAAUGGUUUCCAACACCACACAACAGAAGCUGCGCCUGGCUCUCACGGCUCUCACUAUCGGGUAUUUUAAACUCAUGUUAAUGGUAAUUACAGCAUCCACACACUGUCAGUGCAGACACCUUCGACAUGCAUUGUUAUUUCCCAGUCAGACUCCAGUUACAUAUAUUAUGUGACUGGCACAGGCACUGGCACCAGAGAACUUUUGUAAUCUUUUUUUUUUUCUGUUUUGAUAAAUGUGCCAAACUUAAAAAGUUACUAUACUGAGAUUUCAUAUGAUGAUUAUGAAAAUGAAUGAAAAACGGUGGAUUUUCGCUUAAAU